GCCUACCCCGCUUCCUCUUCCGCCGGGAGAGAGCUGAGCUUCCCGGGCAGAGAACCUGCAGCCCGGGCUGAGUCGCUGCUGCUCCCCAGCGGGGUCUGUGCGGGGAGAGACCUGCACUAAUCCCCCUCUGUGCCCAGCCUGGGGAGGGGACUUUCUGCGGUGGCUGGAACCAGCCCCAGGCUCUGCCGACACCAGCCCCUGAGCCGGAGCCUGCAGAUGGGGAAACCGAGGCAUGAGUGGCAACAUGGCUGUGCUGUGGGCACCAUGGGCAGAGCCGGGAUAGAAGACCACCCCCUGGGUGCCUUUCAGAAUGCUGCCUUUCAGAGUGCUAUUCAUUAGGUAGCACCAGAAGGGGCCGGUGGCCGGCAAGGAGGUGGGUGUGUAUUCCACCAUGGAGCCGUGCGUCCUGCUGGAUCCUCACCAAAAAGCCCUGUACAGGGACGUCAUGCAAGAAAGCUACGACACCCUGAUGUCGCUGGAAUUUCCCUUUCUGAAAGCGGAGGUGAUCUCCCGACUGGAACGGCGUCACAGAGGCUCCAAGGAGAGGGAGAUCCCAGCAGCGUCUGGCCCAGGUGAUGGGACGGCGAGUGAGACCGAGGAGGAGAAUCCCCCGAAGGAAGGCCCUGAGCCAGCGGAACCACGGGAGAUGCUGCCGGAAGGAUUUUCAGGAGCUGUUUGCCAGGGGCCUGCUGGGGUGAGGCUGGGAGGGGCAGGGAGGAGACAGGGCAAACCCACCCCUCAGGGGCCCAGCCCCAAGAAACUGCAGGAUAUCACAGCUCACCAGCAAACACCCCAGGGCCAGAAACCCUACCGGUGCCAGGACUGUGGCAAGAGCUUCAUCUGGAGCUCGCACCUGGAGCGGCAUCGGCGCGUCCACACAGGCGAGCGCCCCUAUGCCUGCCCUGAGUGCGGUGAGCGCUUCACCCAGAGCUCCCACCUCCGGCAGCACCAGCUGGCCCAUGGCGGCGAGCGCCCCUACAAGUGUGGCGACUGUGGCAAGCGCUUCGGUGACCCGCCAGCCCUGGCAGUCCACCGACGCGGCCACCUGGAGGACAAACCCUACCGCUGCGCCCAGUGCGGCAAAGGCUUCGCCUGGAGCUCCCACCUGGAGCGUCACCGGCGCAUCCAUACCGGCGAGCGGCCCUACCGGUGCAGGGAGUGCGGGGAGGCCUUCGCCCAGAGUGCCCACCUCACCAAGCACCGCCGGACCCACACCGGGGAGCGCCCCUACCGCUGCCCCCACUGCGGGAAGGGCUUCGGGGACAGCUCUGACCUCACGCGACACAAACGGACCCACACAGCUGGGAGCAUCAGGCAGCGCCAACAACCCGCUCGCAAGCAGAGUCCGGCCAAGCCCAGGAAAGCUCAGCAGAAGGGGAAACACAGCCGCUGCAGCCAGGGCGCUGGGGAGAGCUUGGGGCGACCACAACAGCAGCAGGGUCCCCAGUGCCAGGACUGCAGGCUGGGCUCCAAGCCCCGGAGAGCCCACCAGGAGGGGACGUGCAGCUGCUUCAGGGAGAGCUCGGAGCUGUUUCAGGGUUCAGAGGCCCUGGGACCCCAGCCCAAGCGGAAAUCCCACCCCUGUGGGCACUGCGGGAAGGUCUUCACCUGGAGCUCCCACCUGGAGCGGCACCGGCGCGUCCACACCGGCGAGCGGCCCUAUGCCUGCCCCGAGUGUGGCGAGCGCUUCGCUCAGAGCGCCCACCUCACCAAGCAUCGCCGGACCCACACCGGCGAGCGGCCCUACACCUGCCCCCACUGCGGGAAGGGCUUCGUCGAGAGCUCCGACCUGGCACGGCACCGGCGCACCCACACCGGGGAGAAGCCCUACAGGUGCAAGCAGUGCGGGAAAGGCUUCAGUGUCCACUCAGCCCUCACCAAGCACCACAGGGAGCACGCGGGGAGCACGCCGUGAGUGGUUGCCACUGAGAGCCUGCGCCAGGCUGCCCCGUCCCCUCCUCAGGGAGAGGAGAGGAAAACCUGGCACUUCCAUUUCACAUUGCACGCUUGGGAGAAGGCCCCCGGGAUGGCCCGAGGGCCUCUGGGCUGGAGACAUCC